UUGAAGUGGCCGAUAGGAAGACGGGUUACGAUUUCGAAAUGAAUAGAUCUAAUAAAAUCACGAAUUUCAGAAUACAGUUAUUUUGUUUGUAGAAAUGCCUUUUAAAAUGAGCAACAAAGCAACUCUUGCGGUUCAAAACGCAGCAACACGCCCAGCAAUGGUUCAGUCUCUACGUAUCGCAGGAGGAAGAGAAUGUAAGGAUAGAGCACCUCUUGGUAUGAAUACUGGACAAAUUGGAAAAGACCAGUUAUCUGCUUCAUCUAAUAUGGCUUCGUUUUCAAAUACACAUUUAUUAAUAAGAUAUUUACCAUUUGAAGGCGUCUUAGGUUCCAUUAACAGCUGGUGUUCCAGUGUUACAGAAGAAAAAUGGAAGGAUGCAUAUUUUGAAGUAUGUUUAACUCACUAAAGUCAUGACAAAAUUUUAACAGGGCAUUACUCUUAAAAUACACUAUUUGGGAUUACGCGCGUAAUAAAAGAUGGUGUAAUCUGUACACCCGCUCAGAGUAGCCUUGGUAAAGCGUUCGCGUUCAGUGCGGGAGGUCUUGGGUUCAAAACCCGGCUGGUCAUGCUAGAGACUAUAAAAGUGUGAAUCUAUCCUGUCUGCUUAGCGUUCAACAUGAGAAUAGGAUUGGUAUCUUAGGCAGUUGCUUAGUUCAGCGAUUGCUGUGCUAGAAAAACUGUCGUAGCUCAAAUGGGAGCUUUAAAAGCACUAUGACCCCAUUUGCUGGACCCUCGUUGAUAGCGGUAUCAAUAGGGAAUAAAGAGGCUAUCCUGGUCGAAAUCCAGGCCGGAUUUUUUGUAUUGCUAAUUAGUUCUUUCUUUUAGGUCAACUUGAAAAAUUUAACUACAAUUAAUGGUAUUGCGUUACAAGGCAACGUUAGCG